GAUGAACAAUUAUUUGUUGCUGAUAAUCUUGCUUAUUUUCCAUAUCAAGUUCAAGAUGAACCAUUAUUUAUUAUUGAACAAAUUGAUUUAUCUAUAAGUGUUAGUGGUUCAACACAAUUACAACAAUUUCGUGAUUUAUUAAAACAACAUUUAGAUUAUACUGAUGAUGAUGAAGGUAUUGAUAUAACUAAAAUUGAAAAAAAAUUAUAUGAUGUAUCUGAAACAAUAAUUAAUGAAUUAAAUCAAUGUUUAUAUACAACAAAAUCAACAAUGUUAUUAUUAUUAUUAAAAUCUUAUCUUAAAGAUGUUUAUUAUUUAAAUGAUACAAAAAUUAUUGAAUAUGAUCAUACAGAAUCAUGUAAAAUAACUGAUCGACCAAUAGUUACACGAAAAAUAAAUGUUAAAUUUGAACCGAAAGUUAUACUUGAUACAAUUAAACCAAUAAUAAAAUAUGAUAAUUUUCAAAAACGUAAACAAAUUAUAAAAGAAUUCGGUGAUUUUAAACGAUAUUUACUUGCAUUUGAUGCUGAUAUUGAAGAUACAAUACAAUCUAUAUCGGAAUUAUUACCAGCAUCAUAUUCAACACCAACAAAAGGAAAGAAAAAAGGUAGUGGAACAAGUAAACGACGAAAAGUUAUGAUUGAUUCCGAUGAUGACAGUGUUAAUGGCGAUUUUUAG